AUGGCGCCUAACCCGUUCACGGCCAGGCUGGCCGCCCGAAUCGCCAUGUCGUACGGGCCCAGCGUCAGCUACAUAAUGCUCAUCCGCGUGGCCAUACUGUUCUUCCGGCCCGACAUCGAGGACGUCGAUCACCGGCUGACGGACCGCCGGAUCGCCGAGAUCAGGGACAAGUACGACUUCGUGGUGAUCGGCGGCGGUUCCGCUGGUUCCGUUAUGGCCAAUCGCCUGUCCGAGAACGCCAACUGGACGGUUCUAUUAAUAGAGGCCGGAAUUGACGAACCGGCAUUGUCAGACAUACCAUUGCUGUAUCCUUCCCUCCAGCGCACGUCUGUUGAUUGGCAGUACAAAACAGAACCCAGUGAUUCGUCUUGCUUGGGCUUCAACGGGAACCAAUCUAGCUGGCCCCGAGGCAAAGUCAUCGGGGGCAGCAGUGUCCUGAAUGCCAUGUUCUAUGUCAGGGGCAACCGGAAGGACUACGACGCAUGGCAAGACGCCGGAAAUGAGGGCUGGGGUUACGAGGACGUGUUGCCGUACUUCAUCAAGUCCCAGGACAUGAGGAUACCGGAGCUCGUGGAUUCCAAGUACCAUGGCACAGGAGGAUACCUGAGCGUGGAGCAUUUCCGUUCGCACUCACCGAUCGUGCACAAUUUUUUGGAGGCCACCAAGGAAUUCGGUUAUGAUGAAGUUGAUAUAAACGGUCACAGUCAGACAGGAUUUACGCGAUCUCAAGGAACUCUAAGAGACGGGUUGAGAUGCAGUACGGCCAAAGCGUUUUUGAGGCCAAUCAAAGACCGUCCAAACCUUCACAUCAGCUUACACACGCAUGUUUUAAAAAUCGUGAUCGAAAACGACCGAGCCACGGGCGUGCUGAUAUCCAAACUGGGGACAAUACCGACGCUGGUGAGAGCCGAGAAAGAAGUGGUACUGUCGGCGGGUGCAAUUAAUUCGCCCCACCUGUUGAUGUUGUCCGGUAUAGGGCCUGCUGAUAAGAUACGUAAGGCCGGCGUUGAAAUCACCAAACACAUACCCGGAGUGGGACAGAACCUGCAAGACCACAUUGCGAUGGGUGGGGUCACAUAUUUGUUCGAUUCACCAGAUGAAUCCAACCCCCUCGGUCUGGGCAUAGUCUUGCCGAGAGUGUUGACGCUCAACUCAUUCAUCCAAUUCUUCAGGGACAAAAUGGGACCACUCUACAGGAUACCACUUGGCGAAGCCAUGGGUUUUGUAAACACGCGCUACAACGAUGAUUUCGACUGGCCAGACGUUCAACUUUUUAUGGCAACGGCCGGAGACAACGACGAUGGUGGUCUAUUGAACAAACGAGAUGUGGGCAUCACCGACGAGUACUACGAUCAAGUUUUCGAACCCAUACUAUACCGAGACGCAUUCACGAUAGCACCGUUGGUGCUGAGACCGCACAGCCGAGGCUACAUAGAGAUCACAAGUUCUAACCCGUACGCGGCCCCAAAAAUCGUGCCAAACUACUUCAGCGACCCACGGGAUGUCAGAACCAUGGUAGAGGGUGCCAAAAUUGGAUAUGCCAUCAGCCGUACAGUGGCCAUGAGCAAGAUCAACACAACUUUACAUAACAUCCCUACACCAGGAUGUGAGUGUUACGAGUUUUUGUCCGACGAAUACUGGGAAUGCCAGGCCCGUCAUUACACGAUGACAAUUUACCACCCAGUCGGCACGUGUAAGAUGGGUCCGGUGGACGACGAGUAUGCCGUGGUGGAUGAGCGGUUGAGGGUGAGGGGCAUCAGGGGCUUAAGGGUUGUUGACGCGUCUAUAAUGCCUACGAUAGUUAACGGAAACACCAACGCUCCAACGAUUAUGAUCGCGGAAAAGGCUUCCGACAUGAUCAAGCAAGAUUGGGCCGGACACACGCAAACACUUAAGACACGGUAUAUCAAGAAGACGGUCAGGAAAUGGUGGUAA